AUGGCGUCAGCUGAUAUUCCCCACGACGGGCUUCAUCACACUGUCAUCAUCAGUUCAGAUUCGGAGAUGGAUGAACGCCAGCCCCCAGCGCGAAAGCUGCGAAGAAAGAGACCCCGCACAGACUACAACUAUCCAAUGUAUGAGGCUCAAUUUGACAACCCGGCACCCUCCGAAAUGUGGCAGCCACCGAAAAGACGUAACCUGGGCAUGGUAUUGGAAACCGCGAACCAGGAAAUCCAUAACAUUUUCAAGGCGGAGCAUGCGCGGAGAGAGGAUGUUAUCAAGAGCUACUAG